AUGUCUGCAUCAGACGUGUCAUCCGUCCCGAUCACCAGCGCAAAGCGCCAUGGACGUAUUUUUGUCAAAAACAUGGCCGUCCUCGAGGGCUGGCAGCGCGCGUACGAGCGGGCGGACGAGGCGACCCUCGGCGUAGCGGUCAGUGCCCUCGCGCGACUCGCCUGCAACUCUGACGGCGGCGCAGGCUUCAACUCUGGCCUUCGCUCGGCGCUCGGCUCCUUCCUCGCUGGCUUCGCGGCCCUCUGCCUUGAGGAGUCGCUCUCCGUCGAGCAGCGUCUGCAGCGUGCCGGCAUCGAGAGGCUCUUGGGCGCUGCCCUUUCUCCUCCCGUGCACGCCGGCCCGGACGCGCAUGGCGGGGCGAGCCUCCGCGCGACGCUCCUCUCGUGUGCGGCCGAGCUGACGCGGCGAGGCUCGGCGAGCGGCGGCGAGGCCCGGCUGGUCCCCAAGAUGGUGCGCAUGGCCACAAUUCCCUCCGGCGCCUCUGAAAGCAGCCGCGUCGAGAUGGCGUGGCGGCUUCAGGAGGUCUCGCAGCCAGUCUGCGCGGCCGCGAGGCAGCGGCUCGAGGAGGAGUUCGACAGCUCUUCCCGGCUCGGCUCCAUCCGGCUGCUGCACGCGCUCUGGGAGGAGUUCGCGGCGGCGGCGGCUCCCGAGGGCGAGCAAGACGCGCAGCAGCAGGGUGGCUGGAGGAAGGCCCUCGCCGCGCUCGGAGGGUCGGUGAUGAACGCCGCGGUGGGCGCCUGCAUGUACGACGCAGUCGGCAAGGCGCGGGACCGCGACCGCGAGACACGGCGUGUCGCGUUCCGUGUCGUCGCCCUCUUCACGGGCGAGCCCGACGCAGAGCUGCCGCCAUCGCUCUGCGACCCGGACGCAGUGGCGAUGCUGGUGGAGCGUGCGAGGAACGGCGCCGGAAGCACCGAUGAGAUGUGUGGGCUUGCGGCACGCGUCUUCUGGAGCUUCGUGAUCUCGCACGUGCCCGACCCUGCGUCGGCGCUCGUCAAGCUGCGGGUCGCGGAGAGGAUCUCCCUCUACGAGCCGCUGCUGCGAGAGAGGGCGAGCGAGCUCUUCGGCGCGCAGUUCGAUGACGCAAUGCUGGCGCCGGGAGACGACGGCGAGCAGGACGACGGCGACUUUGCCGACCCUCCGUGA